CGAUUACUUAGAAAACAACCAGGAACAUAUUUAGGUACACGUAACUACAACAAACCUCUACAGGACAGAUCAGAGCACACAGGACGAUAAUUGACAUUGACCAAGGUUUGUACAGAAACAUCGGAAAUGGCUUCUGAUAGUCCAUUAAAGGCUAUAGAAAUCCACAACAAAUUGGUGCAUUAUCUUGGUGAACGGAUUGUGGAGACAAAAUUUCUUAAACUUAAGAAUCUAUUCAAAGAUAUUCCAUUCACCCCAGUCGCAAUUGAUUCGAUUAAAAACAUGUUUGACCUUUUCGAAUGUCUUAAGACACACACUAUAAUAGCUGUGGGAGACUACUCAAAAUUUUUAGAUCAACUUAGAAUUACAAAUCCAGACCUGGUGAAAUAUGUGAUAACCCAAGAAAAUGAAAUAAAAGAAAUACAAGGAUCCAGUGGUGACAGGGAUCCAGGAGUUGACGCAGAGCUUAGAAAUGAGAAAAAGAGAAACGGUGGAGAAGACCGUACUUAUCAGUUUAGAAAACAGAUAGACAAUACCCACGACGCAAGAAUAAUUGACGUGUGGACGCGUGCAAGAAACGCUGUUGGACGCAUCAAAGGGCCACUUUACACCGGGACAGGGAUAAGAGUUGGUUCCAAGUACAUUCUCACCGCCUAUCAUGUCGCCAAAGACAUAACAAAAGAAAACACAAGUGACACUGAAGACUGGUCUAAGCUAGGCUCCGAACAUGUCUGGAUAGAGUUCCAUUUUCCAAAAAAAAUUGCCGAAAAAUUUCGCUUUAUACCUGAGCGGCCAGUAUAUGACGAAAAACUUGAUUUUGCGAUUUUAGAAUUGCAACCUGGACAAUCUGCAAUCCCUCAACCAAUAAGAAAGUUUGGUAAACCAGACUACAGUCAAUCAUUUGCAUUGCUUGGCCACCCUGGAAAACCGAAAAGUGAAAUAAUGCAAUUUGAUUCUGAUAUUGAACUUUUUGAUCUGAAUGCUGAUAAGAAUAGCAGUCGACGUGGAUAUAUGAUCGCAAAUGACCAAGUAAAAACUGGGUAUGAGGAAAUCCGGGAUCAAGGGAAAGUUUUGUUCGAUUGUUGGGUCCAGCAUGGAGCUUCUGGGUCACCCGGAAUCGUUAUGGGAAACGCUGACGAAGAACCGAUCUGCACCUUGAUGUUGGUGAGAGGAUUCCCGAGUCAGGCAUUCUCAGAAAAUGUCGAUGUCCCACACGAACAAAUGAUUGAGCAGGGUGUAACAAUGGAGGCAAUUGCUAACAAAACCAACAGUCUGGGAGAGAGCGCCAAACGUCUGAAAAUAGACAUAUUUGGUAAAAAUUUUCCGUAACACUGAAUAAAGAAUGUUGAAUUUCUAGUGCCUUUUUCAUUGUGUGCCACGUAACCACAAUUUUGUGACACCCAAAUCAGGACAAAGGUGCACUACGCCAGUGAUCAGGAGGAGUAAGUUUUCGAUAACUAUGAUUUUUAUAUUUUUCUUUGAAUUAAUAAACCUUCGUAAUUUCACUAACAAUUGAAACAGCAAAAGUUACAUAGGACACAUCAUCUUUUAGAAAUCGUAUCAUAUAUUUUUGAUGAAUUCCUUUUACAUUGAAAAAGAUGUUGAAAUGUUCUUUUUAUGGGUCCAUAUUUACAUUUGUAAAUUUCUAGGGCUUGGUAUCACAAUGCUUUGAAAUGUAUUGUUUAUAUUAUGCACAAUUUUAAUAUUUAAAAACCUACCGCGUAUUGGGGCUCUCACUCCUGUGUAAUACUCGUAUAACACAUUCAUUCAAUUGUGGCUUUAAAUUCUAGGGGAAUUCACCCCCAUCUCAACAUAGUUUUAAUUUAGUGUGGAGAUGCGGCUUCUCUUGUAUCACUGGAGUCUAGCUGAUCCCACCAUGGCUUCUCUAGGGGUGUUCACAACCAGCGUCUAGUCGCUUCUCUGGAGACAUGUUCAGAGUCUAUCUGCUCACUUCUCUUGGCUGUGUAGGUGCUUCUCCUAAUACCCCGGGAGUCUAGCUUAUUAAAAAAUAGUAGCAUAAAUAUAUGGUAGUAAAAUUGUUGGAGUGAGUAGCCCCUGAAGCGCCAAAUGUAUUACUGUAUGUAAAUAUGUUGCUAACAAAAGUAAUAAACAGGUUAA